AUGAGGCAGAAGUUGGUUGCAAUGGGUCAGGUGCUUUGUCCUGGCUCUAGAGCUGAGUCUGAGCCAGACCUGAAACCACCUACUGGAAGUACCACUACUGAUUCAUCCGGCCCACGGGAGAGGAUGGUUAUGAAGCGUGAGAUCUCUUUGGCCAACGGCAUCUGUCUGAUUGUGGGCAAUAUGAUUGGCUCAGGCAUCUUUGUCUCGCCCAAAGGCGUCCUGUUGUUCAGUGGCUCCUACGGCCUGUCGCUGGUCAUCUGGGCGUUAGGUGGUAUAUUCUCCGUGUUUGGUGCACUCUGUUAUGCUGAGCUUGGCACCACCAUCACCAAGUCUGGUGCCAGCUAUGCCUACAUCCUGGAGGCAUUCGGCAGCUUCCUGGCUUUCAUUCGUUUGUGGACCUCCAUCCUGCUGGUUGAACCGGCCAGUCAAGCCAUCAUCUCUCUCACUUUUGCCAACUACCUGGUGGAGGCACUCUACCCCACCUGCCAGCCACCAUAUGAUGCUGUGAGGCUCAUAGCUGCUGUCUGUUUAUGUAUACUGAUCUUUAUAAACUGUGCAUAUGUGAAGUGGGGAACAUUGGUCCAGGAUAUCUUCACCUACGCCAAGCUCAUGUCCCUGUUCUUGGUCAUAGCAGUGGGCAUUAUAAAGAUCGUUAGCGGGGACACACAGAAUUUUGAGAACCCAUUUGAAGGUUCUUCUACUGAGCCUGGGAGUAUUGCUCUGGCCCUGUACUCUGCAUUGUUCUCCUACUCUGGCUGGGACACCCUGAACUUUGUCACUGAAGAGAUCAAGAAUCCAGAGAGGAACCUGCCUAUAGCCAUCGCUGUCUCCAUGCCCAUAGUAACCAUUAUCUACCUGCUGACUAACGUGGCGUACUAUGUAGUGCUGGACAUGCCAUCACUGCUGGCCAGUGAUGCUGUCGCUGUGACUUUUGGGAAUCAGGUGCUAGGGCCCUUCAGCUGGAUCAUUCCCAUCUCUGUGGCAAUGUCCUGCUAUGGAGGACUCAACGCGUCUAUUAUUGCAGCUUCCAGAUUGUUUUUUGUUGGGGCAAGAGAGGGACACCUCCCUGAUAGUUUGAGUCUGAUCCAUGCUCACCGUUACACUCCCGUUCCUGCACUCCUCUUUAACUGUGUGAUGGGUCUGAUUUUCCUGUGUGUGGAAGACGUGUUCCAGCUCAUCAAUUACUUCAGCUUCAGUUACUGGCUGUAUGUGGGUCUGUCUGUAGCCGGCCUCAUAUACCUGCGUAUCACCCAGCCUGACAGACAUAGACCUGUGAAGCUCACACUCCUGUUCCCAUUCAUCUACUGCAUUCUCAGCCUGUUCCUGGUCAUUGUGCCUCUCUAUGGUGACACCAUUAACUCACUUAUUGGCAUAGCCAUUGCUCUGUCUGGUGUGCCUGUCUACUACAUCUGUAUUUACCUCCCAGAGGACAGACGACCCAAAUUUAUGAGUCAUAUAAAUGCUGCUGUCACCAAAUACACUCAGAUCAUGUGUUACUGCUGUUUAACUGACCUGAAUGUAGAGCCAGAGGACUUGUCGGAGAGCAAAACUCUGUGA